AGCAAACCAACUCCCGAGAAGCCGAGCGGGGAAAGAGAAAACAAAGCCCAAAUGGCGGAGCGGAGGUCGUCGUCUCCACCGAUCCCCUCCCUUCCUCCACGGCGCCAUUACCACUGUGAUCACUAGGGUUUCGUGCUCCACCAUAAGCCCCUACCCUUCCCGAUGCCCUGGUGGAAGCGCUCCGCCUACCACCACACAACCUCCGCCUCCACGCCCGCGUCCCCCGCCCGCGCCUCCACCUCCCGCAUCCCGCGCCGCUAUGGCGGCGACCUCGGCGGCGGGGGCUCGGACCCUCAGCCCCGGCUUACCAGGCAGCGGCGGCUGCGCCACGUCGACGACAUCGAGGUCGGGGGCGUAUCCGCGCUCUCCCUGGACGACUCGCCCGCCGCGGCGUCUUCUUCUUCCUACCCCGCCAGGAGGGACACGGUCUGGCUCGGGCUUGCUACCGCGAGCUCCACGCCGAUCUCGAGGUCUCCCAGUAACAUGGAGGUGACGCCGCCGAGGUCUUCGUCGACGCCCAUGCUGCUGCCCCAUCCUCUGCCGCUGCCCCACGAGGAUGACUCGCCGUGCCGCGCGUCUGGGAGGCCGCUCCCCUCGCCGAGGCUGAUCGACGGGAUUUGGGACGGUUCGACUGAGGCCAUGGGGGUUGCGGCGGUGAAUGGAAGUGAGAGGUCGUCGACCUUUCCAAGGUUUAUGCCCCACACGGCGCAAAAGAUUCCCGAGCACAACGACGUACGGUCAACUGGCACAAAUGGGGCCACCUGUGGUCAACGGAGAAAGGCAUUUAAAGAGAAAUUCCAGGAUAGCUCAGCUGAAACUUUGAACUUCAGGUUGAAUAUUCCUGCUAAAAGUGCUCCGAGCAGUGGGUUUUCGAGUCCCGUACAGAGUCCUCGAAGAUUAAUUAAUGUAGACUUCUCAUCUACUGCAAUCUCCAUCCAAGGUAGCAAUGUAUUAUCAGCACAGCCAGCCUGGUCUUCAGAUCUAUUCGGAUCUUCACCGCCUUGUACCUCACCCGAAAAAUUCGUGUGUGGCCAGGAGCGAUCUCCUCGCUCCAGUCCAUUGAGAAGUCCUGUUCUUAGAUCAAGGUACCCAAGUGCACCUCCCUCGCCAAUGCAUCCGAACUUGUUCUCAGAUAACCAUGCUUCUCGUCCUGAGGGCAAUGGGAGUGUCAAUUAUCAUCCAUUACCUCUCCCUCCCCCUUCUGUGAGCCCAAAACAAACAAAUUUUAGUCACCAGUCAGUACCGAAAAUUGAGAUGCCCUCGAUGACUGGUCAAUGGCAAAAAAGGAAGCUCAUUGGCAGUGGCACAUAUGGAUGUGUAUACGAAGCCACCAAUAGGCAUACUGGAGCUCUUUGUGCCAUGAAAGAGGUCAACAUAAUUCCCGACGAUGCUAAAUCAGUCGAGUCUAUGAAGCAAUUGGACCAGGAAAUAAAAUUUCUGAGCCAAUUUAAGCAUGAAAAUAUAGUGCAGUAUUACGGCAGUGAAACUAUUGAUGAUCGAUUCUACAUAUAUCUAGAAUAUGUUCAUCCCGGUUCAAUUAAUAAGUACAUUAAUCAACAUUGUGGUGCAAUGACAGAAUCUGUCGUCCGCAACUUCACUCGCCAUAUCCUUAAGGGUCUUGCUUUCCUACAUAGCCAAAAAAUUAUGCAUAGGGAUAUUAAAGGGGCAAAUUUGCUUGUUGAUGUCAAUGGUGUAGUCAAAUUGGCUGACUUUGGGAUGGCUAAGCAUUUGAGUACUGCAGCUCCAAAUCUUUCUUUGAAGGGAACACCAUACUGGAUGGCCCCUGAGGUUGUUCAGGCUACACUUGUCAAAGAUGUAGGUUAUGAUCUUGCUGUUGAUAUCUGGAGCCUUGGUUGCACAAUUAUUGAGAUGUUCACUGGCAAGCCUCCUUGGAGUGGUCUUGAAGGGCCUGCUGCAAUGUUUAAGGUGUUGAAUAAAGACCCAUCAGUUCCCGAUAAUUUAUCCCCAGAAGGGAAGGAUUUUCUGAGAGGCUGCUUCAAGAGAAACCCGUCUGAGAGACCUACAGCAAGCAAGCUGCUGGAACAUCCAUUCGUCCAAAAUUCAAAUCACUUCAGCCAGCACACUUCUAUACAUUCCCCUGCAGGAAUGAAAUCCCCAGAUGGUGGACACUGUGCAAGUGAUAAGAAGUCCUGGAAGACCGAAUCUUGCAUGAGAGGGAAACAUACAAAUACUAUUGGUGAAACAAGCAGCUCUAGAUGUUCUGGGUCAUUGGCUCAUCGUUUGACAGCCCCACCCAACUUGGAAACUCAUACUACACCGAACAGUAUUUAUAGCUUAUCCCCUCCGCCAACCAGUUACAAGUCAAGUCCUGGUUCUGCAGCUCAUAAUACACCGAACAGUAUGCAUUUUUCAAUUGCAUACCCUCAGCCUAGUCCAUUGCCAAAGCCUAAUGGAAAGGAAGCAAAUAUGUUUUCAUAUUGAAGAUGGUGUGCCAUUUAGGUGAGCAAACACACGCGACAUCUGUCCCCAAAACCACAUAAAGAAACAUGGUCGGAGAUUGCUUCUCACUUAUCAGCCUGUUAGAUGCGUCUACCGUUGAUGUAAAGGAUACCCCACGGUAUGAUCAAGCGGAAUACAAGGGGAGCUCUGUGAAGCCUGUAAUGUUAUUUUGUGGGGGAAACAUGUCGUUUCCUUUGUAGCAUAUUGUUUAGGAUCAGUGUAGGUAAAGCUAAUGUCCUGAUUGUUGCCAACACAUAGGACACUAGGUUGUAGCUGUAGCUUGUGUGUUGUUCAUGUUGUUGUGACCAUGCCUCGAUGUAAUCAUUGUUGAUGAUUUUUAUCCGGGUCAAGUAAUAAUACACGUGAAUUGCAAAGGGAUUGAGAUGUACACAAUGGAAGCACCGUGAGUUCAAAAUUGAAAUACAUGCAUUGUUUUAUGGUGCCA